AUGUCCACCUACAAGCCCACUCGUCCUCUAACCUGGCUAAUCACCGGCUGUUCCUCCGGUCUAGGCCUCGAACUUACUCGAACAAUUCAAGACCACGGAGACCUCGUAAUUGCUACAUCACGCCAACCCUCUCGGAUACCCGUACUAGUAGAUGAGAUCCAGAACCACGGCGGAGAAUGGCACUCUUUAGAUGUGGAUGAUCCAACCGCCGCUGCGUCACUAAUAGAAAUGCUCGAAACAAAUGGACACCAUAUUGACGUUCUGGUCAAUAACGCCGGUGUUAUCGUCUUCGGUAUCCUUGAACAACUCGCCGACAAGGAUCUGCGCGACCAGAUGGAAACGCUGUACUUUGGUCCACAGAGACUGAUUCGUGCUGUGCUCCCGGGGAUGCGCGCGCGUCAAUUUGGAGUGAUUGUGAAUAUCAGCUCUGGAGCGGCGUUGGAUGGAAAUGGGAGUAUGGGCGCUUAUGCGGCGGCAAAGGCUGCGCUGGAUGCUUCGACGCGAGUUUUAGCAAAGGAAGUUGCUCCUUUCAAUAUUCGGCCUUUGACUGUGUGGCUCGGAACCCUUAAUACGAAUAUUAUGAAUGUUUCUCCGAUUGUGCAGGGGCCGCUGUUGGAGGACUAUCGUGGCUCGGGCGCUGAGCAAUUGAUGGAGGCAAUCAGAAGCCGGAAGUUUACUGGGAAUGGUGACAAGAAGAAAGCGGCAAAGGCCAUCUACGAGGUCGUUGUGGGUGAGGGUGCCGGUGCCGGGCAUGAGGCAGAGCGGUUCCUUCCAAUGGGCCGCGAUAUGAUUUCGCGCGUUGAAUUGGUCCGCGAUCAGUAUGGGCACGCUUUGGAGGUGUUUGGGGAGGUCUGCGGCAAUAUACAGUUGGAGCAUGAGUAG